GCCUCCAGUAGAGAGCACUGCUUGGUUGACGUGAGCGGCGUCGACCUGCCUCUACUUCCAGAUCGAAGAUGGCGGUCUCUGUGUUCCGCGGCGUGCGGCUGCUCUCUAUCGGAGACGCGAAUGGAGACAUACAGCGACAUUCAGAGCAGCAGCCGCUGCGGCUAGAAGUGAAAACAUCACAAGAUGCUGCCCUCAUCAAUCUCUCCAAUGGAGAGGAGACGAGUGUGUUCAAAUGUUCAGUUUCUCGUGACACAGAGUGCAGCCGCGUAGGGAAGCAGUCGUUCAUCAUCACUCUGGGCUGCAACAGCGUGCUGCUGCAGUUCUCCUCGCCCGCAGACUUUCAGUCCUUUUAUAACCUUCUGAAGAACUGCCGGGGGCAUGCUGGUGAGCACUCCGUCUUCAGUGAAAGAACAGAGGAGUCCUCUGCUGUACAGUAUUUCCAGUUCUAUGGCUACCUCUCACAGCAACAGAACAUGAUGCAGGACUAUGUCCGGACGGGAACCUACCAGCGGGCCAUUCUGCAGAACCACACGGACUUCAAGGACAAGGUGGUUCUGGAUGUGGGCUGCGGAUCAGGAAUCCUGUCGUUCUUUGCGGCCCAGGCUGGUGCCAGGAAGGUGUAUGCAGUGGAGGCCAGCACCAUGGCUCAGCAUGCUGAGGUACUGGUGAACAGCAACCGCCUGAGUGAGCGGGUGGUAGUGAUCCCCGGGAAGGUGGAGGAGGUGUCGCUGCCAGAGCAGGUGGACAUCAUCAUCUCAGAACCGAUGGGCUACAUGCUGUUUAACGAGCGCAUGCUGGAGAGCUACCUGCAUGCCAAGAAGUUCCUCAAGCCCAACGGUAAAAUGUUUCCCACCAUCGGAGACGUGCACCUGGCUCCCUUCACAGAUGAACAGCUCUACAUGGAGCAGUUCACCAAGGCCAACUUCUGGUAUCAGCCCUCAUUCCACGGAGUUGACCUCUCUGCUCUGCGGGGAGCUGCAGUGGAUGAGUACUUCCGCCAGCCCAUUGUGGACACGUUUGAUAUCCGCAUCCUGAUGGCCAAGUCAGUUAAAUACACGGUGAACUUCUUGGAGGCCAAAGAGGAGGAUCUCUACAGGAUAGAGAUUCCUUUCAAGUUCCACAUGAUGCACUCCGGCCUGGUACAUGGCCUGGCCUUCUGGUUCGAUGUGGCCUUCAUGGGAUCAGUGAUGACCGUGUGGCUGUCCACAGCCCCCACAGAGCCCCUCACCCACUGGUACCAGGUGCGCUGCCUGCUGCAGUCGCCCCUUUUCGCUAAAGCUGGGGACACGCUGUCCGGCACGGCCAUGCUGGUGGCCAACAAAAGACAAAGCUACGACAUCAGUAUUGUUGCCCAGGUGGACCAGACCGGAUCAAAGUCCAGCAACCUCCUGGACUUGAAGAACCCCUUUUUCAGGUACACAGGCACAACCCCCAACCCCCCUCCUGGCUCACACUACACCUCCCCCUCUGAGAACAUGUGGAACACAGGCGGCGCCCCCUACAGUAUGAAUCAGGGGAUGGCUGUAUCAGGGAUGCCAACAGCUUAUGACCUCAGCACAGUCAUUGGAAGCGGCCCAGCAGUGUCUCACAACAACCUCAUCCCUCUAGUAAACACAGGGAUAGUGAACCACACCCACUCGAGGAUGGGCUCCAUCAUGAGCACAGGAAUAGUCCAAGGGGCCACAACGGGCCAGUCGGGCCCCAGCAGCAGCGGUACCUACUAUCCCAUCACCAACCAGUUCACCAUGGGGGGCGCUGCCAUCUCCAUGGCGUCCCCCAUGGUCAUCCCCAGCAACACCAUGCAUUAUGGCAGUUAAAGUAAAGAUCUUGUAAAGACAUAUCGGACCCUCUGUCCCUCCCCGCAUGACAGGAACCUCCUCCUCCCCCCCUUCACCAUCCACAACCAAAACCAGUAAA